AUGCUAUAUCUGAAAUGUACGAAAUAUAGUAAAUAUCGUGAAGGUAGAUGUAGUAAGGGUUGCAAACUGGAUGGUACACAACUUGGUUUUGGAAGAUAUGGUAUUAAAAGUUGUAGAGCUGGUCGUCUUUCAUAUCGAGCCAUUGAAGCAGCGCGUCGGGCUAUAAUCGGGCAAUUCCAUCGUGCUAUGAGCGGACAAUUCCGAAGAAAUUGUAAGAUAUGGGUAAGAGUUUUCGCAGAUCUUCCUAUUACGGGGAAACCCGCAGAAGUUCGAAUGGGAAGAGGAAAAGGAAAUCCUACGGGUUGGAUUGCUCGUGUGUCUACGGGACAAAUCCUAUUUGAAAUGGAUGGUGUUUUGAAGAAGGCUGAUAUGAUUCGUAAAAAUGCGGUUGAAAGUAUUUUGGCAGAGCGUAACAUCCUUAUAUCAGUUCGCUAUCCUUUUGUGGUCAGAUUUUUCUACUCCUUCACAUGUAGGGAAAAUCUGUAUCUGGUCAUGGAAUAUCUAAAUGGUGGAGAUCUUUACUCACUAUUGAGAAACUUGGGCUGCUUGGAUGAAGACAUGGCCCGUAUGUAUAUUGCAGAAGUUGUUCUUGCUUUGGAGUAUUUGCAUUCUCUAAGUGUCAUUCAUAGAGACUUGAAGCCGGACAACUUGUUGAUUGGUCAAGAUGGCCAUCUUAAGCUGACAGAUUUUGGGCUUUCAAAGGUUGGUCUUAUCAAUAGCACAGAUGACUUAUCUGGUACAUCAUUCAGCAGUACUGAUUUUUUUGAUGACCACGAAACAAAAAGUCAUAAUUCAUCGAAGAGAGACCAGCGCCAAAAGCAUUCUGUAGUUGGGACUCCUGAUUAUUUGGCACCUGAGAUACUUCUUGGCAUGGGACAUGGUGCAACUGCUGAUUGGUGGUCUGUGGGCAUUAUUCUUUUUGAGUUGCUUGUUGGCCUUCCACCAUUCAAUGCAGAAACUCCACAGCAAAUAUUUGACAAUAUAAUGAAUAGGGAUAUACCUUGGCCCAAGGUACCUGAGGAGAUGAGCUUUGAAGCAUGUGAUUUGAUAGACAAAUUGCUGACUGAAAAUCCAGUUCAAAGGCUUGGAGCAACAGGAGCAAAAGAGGUGAAGCAACACCCCUUCUUUAGGAACAUAAAUUGGGACACACUUGCAAGGCAAAAGGCUACGUUCAUACCAGUAGCUGAUGCAUACGACACAAGUUAUUUUAUGAGCCGGUAUUUAUGGAAUCCAGAGGGUGAAAUUUUUCAAGGAGGCAGUGACUUUGAUGACUUGACCGACUCUUGCAGCACUGGAUCAUUAAGCAAUACACAUGAUGAGGAUGUACGUGGAUAUUUAGUUAUAUAAUAAUCUUUUUACCAAUUGCUACGCACACUUGGUUCAGUUGAUUGGACCAUGGCUCUGAUCUCAUUGGUUUGCCAAUGAUUAUUUUAGCAAGAAUGAUUUCGAAAAUGGGAUGACUUGACUAAUCUAAAAUCAUUUUGAAAUAAUGGAAGCCAGCAAUGGCUUAGCCUAGAAGCCUAAUUUCUUAUAUGAGUUGGAUGCAAAUUGAGA